AUGCAGCAGGACGACGAUCCCAUCGCCGUCGUUGGCUUCUCGUUGAAAUUCCCGCAGGAUGCCGACUCUGCGGAAUCCUUCUGGCAGAUGCUGCGCGACGGCCAGAAUGCCUCCACGGACUUUCCGCCGUCCAAGUUCCACAUCGACGCCUUCGAGGGUCGCAAGGGCGCCUUGAAUGGCACCAUGCCCCUGCGAGGCGGUCACUUUCUGAAACAAGACCUGGGCCUGUUCGACGCCCCGUUCUUCUCCAUCACGCCCGCCGAGGCCGAGGCCAUGGAUCCCCAGCAGCGCAUCAUGCUCGAGACGUCCUAUCGCGCGCUGGAAAAUAGCGGCAUCCCAGUGACACGCUGCACGGGGAGUCGCACCUCCGUCUACACGGCCACCUUCACCGAUGACUACAAAAGCGUCCUCAUGGACGCCCCCGACCACCUGCCCAAAUACGCCGCCACCGGCCUGUCGGGCUCCAUGCUGGCGAACCGCGUCUCCUGGUUCUACGACUUCAAGGGACCCAGUAUGAAUCUGGACUCGGCGUGCUCGAGCAGUCUGAGCGCGCUGCACAUCGCCUGUCAGGAUCUGCACAACGGCACGUCGCAAAUGGCCCUCGUCGGCGGCUGCAACCUCGUCUUCCACCCCGAUUUCAUGCUCAUCAUGUCGAACAUGGGCUUCCUGUCCGCCGACAGCCGCUGCUGGAGUUUCGACCACAAGGCGAACGGCUACGCCCGCGGCGACGGCUUCGGCGUCGUCGUGCUCAAGAAGCUGUCCGCCGCCGUGCACGACGGCGAUACCAUCCGCGCCGUCAUCCGCGCCACGGGCCUGAACCAGGACGGCCGCACGCCCGGCGGCAUCACGCAGCCCAGCGGCGCGGCGCAGCAGGCCCUGAUCCGCGAGACGUUUGCGCGCGCGCGCCUGGACAUGCGGCCCGUGCGGUUCUUCGAGGCGCACGGCACCGGCACGGCCCUGGGGGAUCCGACCGAGUCGAGAGCGAUCGGGGAGUCGUUUAAGGAGUUCCGAUCGCACGAGGAUCCGCUGUACAUUGGCGCGGUGAAGUCGAAUAUUGGCCAUCUGGAAGGGGGGAGUGGCGUGGCGGGGUUGUUGAAGACGGUGCUGAUGCUGGAGAGGGGCGUGAUUCUGCCGAAUGCCGGCUUGGAGAAGGUCAAUCCGAGGAUUGAUACGGAGGAGCUGAAGAUUAGAUUUCCGACGGCGUCGAUACCCUGGCCGGAUACGGGGCUGAGGCGCGCCUGCGUCAAUUCUUUCGGAUUCGGAGGAUCGAAUGCGGUGGUGAUUCUCGACGACGCGCUGCAUUAUCUGCAGGAACAGGGGAUCGCAGGCCUGCAUCGGACGGUAGAAUUACAGACCUCCGACGAACGACCAGCGAAGAAGGCGCGUCUGGAUACAACGAUCCAGUCGUCUCAGACGCCGCAGCUAUUAACUUGGUCGGCGGCCGACGAAACGACGCUGAACACGAUGCUGGAUUCCUACGGCGAGUUUGUGCAUCCCGCCAACGGACACUCGUUAUCGGCAUCAUUCAUCCCCGACAUGGCAUAUACGCUGACGGCCAAACGAACGAAUCACGCCUGGCGCUCGUACGCAGUCGCAGGGAACAGCGAGGAUCUGGAAUCGUUGGAGAAAUGGAGCGCGAAACCGACCAAGGCCAGUGACGAGCCGGGAUCGGUGGCUUUCGUGUUCACGGGGCAGGGUGCACAGUAUCCGAGAAUGGGAUACGGGCUGCUGGCCUUCCCCUUCUUUCAAUCCCGAUUGACGGAGAUCGAGAAGAUUCUGCAUGGCCUGGGAUAUGGCUGCUCUUUGCGCGAAUUUCUCUCGGAUCGCUCGUCCCCGAUGAAUGAACCGGAACACAGUCAGACGUUGACGACUGCCAUUCAGAUUGCGAUUGUCGACUUUCUCAAGUCGUUGGAUGUCGUUCCUGCGGCGGUGGUGGGCCACUCGUCGGGUGAAAUCGGCGCGGCGUACUGCGCAGGCGUCAUCAGCGACGUAACGGCCCUCACGAUCGCCUUCCACCGAGGCCGUCUUGCUCAGCAACUUCCCAACCUUCACUCCGCGUCGCAAGGCAUGCUCGCGGUGGCCAUGAGUGAGACCGAGAUCAAGCCCUUCAUCGACCGACUCAAGGAACACACCGACGCGCCCCGAGUCCAGAUCGGCUGCCAUAACAGUCCCCAGAGUCUCACUCUCACCGGAGAUGCCGACCAGCUCGCGCUCAUCCAAGCCUGGCUCGACGAAGGCAAGCACUUCUGUCGCAAACUCCGCGUCAACGUGGCCUACCACUCCGUGUUCAUGGAAGCCGUCAAGGAGGAAUACCGACUCGCCCUGAAGGACAUCGACAAGGAUCCCGUCCGCCAGGAUCUGAUCCCCAUGAUCUCCAGCGUCACCGGCACCAUCGCCCGACCACGCAUGCUCUGCGACCCCGACUACUGGGUGCAGAACCUCGUCUCGCAAGUCCGCUUCUCCCCGGCAGUGUCCCUGCUGGCCGUGCAAUCGGGCAAGCCGCCUCGCAAGCAUCUCACCUCCAAGAAGCCGCAGACGCUGUCGGGCAUCAAGAUGCUUGUGGAGAUCGGUCCCCACGCGACGCUGCAGGGCCCGUUGCAGCAGAUUCUCACCAAGGCGCGCGCCCAGGACCGUCUCAGCUACACCGCCACCCUGAACCGCCAGAAGGAUGCCACCCGGGCGAUCUUGGAGGCUGUUGGCCGUCUCUGGGGUCUUGGAUAUCCAGUCGACCUGCUCAAGGCGAAUGGUAUCAGCAGUGCGGCGCCCCGGCCGGUGCGGACAGACUUGCCCGAGUAUCCGUUCAACCACUCCAGGAGCUACUGGUAUGAAGAUCGACUGAGCUCUGCGUUCCGAUUCCGAAAGCACCCUCCCCACGAGCUCCUGGGGACUCUGACCGUCGACUCGAACUCCCAAGACGCGCGCUGGCGCAAUAUCAUCGACCUCGAGAAACUCCCAUGGCUGGAGGACCACCAAAUCAGCGGCGACAUCCUCCUCCCCGGCGCCGCAAUGCUCUCGAUGGCCAUCGAAGGCGUGCGCCAACUCUCCACCGACCCGCCCACCGGCUUCGACAUCCGCGACAUCCACUUCCUCAACGCCCUCCAAGUCCCGUCCUCCCCCGGCAUCGAAACCCAAGUCUGCCUCACCAAGCAGCCCUCCACCGACACCCAGCCGUGGUUCAAAUUCCGCAUCCUCACCUUCACCUCCGACUGGCUCGAGCACUGCACCGGGUCCAUCCGCCCGCAGUUCGACGGCCAACAACCCGCCCCAGCUCCAUACGCCUCCGACCUCCGCGCCACCACCCAAACCUGCACCGAAGACGCCCAGAUCAGCCGCGUCUACGACUCCAUCCGCUCCAACGGCGUCAGCUACGGCCCCAUCUUCCAGACCCUCCGCGACGUGCGCAUCGACAAGACCGGCGCCGCCGUCGCCCAGGUCGCGCCCUUCUCAACCGACCCCCGCGCCAUCGAGUCCGCCAAUCUCGACCUCGCCCCGUACGUCAUGCACCCGUCCGUCCUGGACGGCCUGUUCCAGAUGGUCUUCCCGGCGCUGAACGAGGGCGGGGCCCGCGACAUCCCAGCCAUGGUCCCUUCGUACGUCAAGAAGCUGUUCAUCUCCGCGGACGCCGCCGCGCAGGGCGGCCAGGUGCCGCUGCAGGCGAGUAAUCGGUCGCGUCUGCACGGGUUCCGCGGCACGCAGUCCUCCGUGAUCGCGAUGUCCGCGGCCGGCGAUAAACUGCUCUCCUACAUGGACGGGUACGAGACGACGUUCGUGUCGCAGACCGGAGGCGCGGAAUCCCCCGACGACAAAGACCGACAUCUCCUCAGCUACGUGAAGUGGCAGCCGGAUCUGACGGUGAUGGAUGACGCGCAGGUGGCGCGCCUGUGUGCGCGAUCUGCGCCCCGGGUCGACGCCGCGUCGAGCGUGUUCAACACCCGUCUCUCGCUGCUCAUGCGCCACUACGUCGACGAAAUCCAGGAGGCGAUCCACCCGUCCUGGCCGGAUGGCAUCUCCAAGGAACUGGUCGGGUAUAUCACGCACGAGAGCCACCUGGAGGACGGCGAGAAGGCGAACCCCCGCGCGGCGAUCGAGGCGGAGAUCCGAGACGCCAAUAAGACGGGCGAGUUCUACGUCAGGAGAGGACAGCAGCUGUUGCGGUUUAUUCAGCAGGGCGAGACGGCCUCUGCGGAGAGCCCGGCGGAGGAGGUCAUCCCGGCGUAUCUGAACGAGCGGCUGGCGAGCGACAGUCUGGUGAAGCCGCUGGAGGUGUUUCUGUCGGCUCUGGCGCACAGGAAUCCGCUGAUGAAGAUCCUGGAUGUCGGUGCGGGCUGGCAGGAGGGUGUCCCUUGCGCGGAGAUUCUGGCGAGGACUGGCCAGGCGCCGUGGGCGCAGUAUGACUGCACGGAGAGGCGGCCGGAGGAUCUCAAGAAGGCGGAGGAGCGACUCGCUGGGUUGUCUGAUCGCGUGAAUUUCCAGGUACUCGAUGUCGACAGCGAUGCGGUCGAGCAGGGCUUCGACGAGGGUUCGUAUGAUUUGAUCGUGGCGACCUCCCUCCUCCACGCAACCCCCGACCUCAGCCACGCCCUUCGCAACAUCAGACGCCUUCUCAAGCCAAACGGCCACCUCAUUCUCUUCGGCGUCGUCGCCUCGCCCGAACUACGAACCGUCUUCGCAGGCACCCUCCUCUCCGCCUGGGGUCGAGCCCCUACAGGCCGUCCCCUCGGCGGAACCUACUCCAAGGAAACCCUCGAUCGACUGCUCUCCGACAGCGCCUUCAACGGCCUCGACUUCACGAUCCCCGACUCGCACUCCGCCGAAGACACCGACACCAGCCUCAUCAUUGCCUCGGCGCGCGAUCCAGCACCCGCACGCAAGAACCUCCCCUCCCGUCUCGCCAUCAUCACCGACGGAACAACGCCCUCCCAACUGACCUACGCGGAACAACUAAAGCAGCACAUCACCACCGCCGCAGACGCAGAGUCUGAGCUCGCGAUCGACAUCUACAGCUUCUCCGAGUUCGUGACCCGGCCGGACGCCCGCGACCGCUUCUGCAUCUCGCUGCUGGAGUACGAGACGCCGUUCUUCACGACCAUCGACGCCGCGGACUUCGAGCGACUGAAGACCGCAAUGGCCAUCACCGACGCCAUCCUCUGGGUGACUCGGGACGCGCAGUGCGGGGACCGUCCGGAGUUUCAUCUCGUGGAUGGGUUCUCGCGCUCGCUGCGCUCGGAGAACGGCACGCUGAAGUUCGUGCGGUUGGCGAUCUCCGCGGACGGAGGACCUGGCGAUGGGCAUGGGCAUGGGUUGGAUAGCGUGGUCACAGUGCUAAGGCAGGCGAAUGCCUCCGCGCUGGACGAUAUGGAGUUCGAGUACGAGGAGCGAGAUGGCGUGUUGCAGAUCCCCAGGGUCGUGCAGACCCCUGAGAUGAAUCGCAUCCAUGCGGCGAAGAUCACGCCGUAUCAGGAGCAGGAGGUCCGGGUGGGUGAGAUGCCGCUGGCGGCGGUGUUGAGGACGCCCGGGAUCGUGAACAGUGUUGGGUAUGAGGAGGUUCAGGCCGAUCUGGAUGGGGGGCUGGGGCCGGAUGAGAUAUUGAUCGAGGUGCGGGCUGUCGGGGUGAGCGCGCAGGACUACGAGAUCGCGAUGGGGAAGAAUAGCGACGAGGCGAUCUUCUCGGAGUGUGCGGGCGUGGUGAGGCAGGUUGGCGAGAAGAGUGGGUUCGCGGUUGGGGAUAGGGUCUUUGCGAGGACCCCUGGGGCGUGUACGACGGGGUUGAAGUGUAAGGCGUCGUUUGCGGCGCGUCUUCCGGAGUCGAUGGCUAUGGUCGAGGCCGCUGCGUUGCCUUCUGCUGGUGUCACGGCGUUCCAUGCGCUGGUUGGCGUGGCGCAUCUGUCCAGCGACGAGACGGUGCUCGUGCAGAAUGCCGCCGGUUCUGUUGGGCAGAUGGCGCUGCAGAUUGCGGAGCACCUGGGAGCGAAGGUCAUUGCCACCGUGGACUCGGAGGAAGAGCGCACCCUGUUGAAGGACACUUAUCAGCUCGAAUCGUCCUGGAUACUAUCACGCCGCGACACGGAGCUUCCGCGCAAGAUCGCAGCCCUGACUGCGAACCAGGGCGUCGACGUUGCGCUCAACUUCGAGCAGGGCGAUGACCUCGAUCACUGCGUCGAGGCUCUGGCGUCUUUUGGCCGACUCGUUAAUGUCGGACUGGCCAGCAGCACGCCGUCAGAUCAUCUGGUCCAAGAGCUCGCCGCGAAAUGCAUCACCAAUUCCACAUUCCACCUCUCGAACCUGCAGCGCCACCGUCCGGCUCUCAUCCGGAAACACCUCAAUAGCCUCGCCUCCUUGAUCACCUCUCACGGAAUCAAAUCCCCAACUCCCCUAUUGGCUCUCCCCGCCGCCGACCUCAUCCAGGCCCUUCAACACUUCCAGAAAGGCCAGCACGUGGGCAAGGUCGUCAUUGACCUCGCGCCCAAGCAAUCUAUCACGGCCCGCGUCCGCAACCGCCCGUCCUACACCUUCGACGCCAACGCAACCUACGUGAUCGCCGGCGGCUUCGGCGGCCUCGGCCGCAACGUCUGCCGCUGGAUGGUCAGCCGAGGGGCUCGCCAUCUCAUGAUCCUGUCGCGGUCCGGCGUGCGGACGAACUCAUCGAAGCAGCUCAUCGAGGAGCUCACGGCAGCAGGCGCGCACAUCCACGCCCCCGCGUGCGAUAUCACGCAGGCCGACGACCUGCAGCGCGUUCUGGACCAGUCCGCGCCCAAUCUGCCGCCCAUCCGGGGCUGUAUCCAAUGCACGAUGGUCCUGCGGGACGCCAUCUUCACCAACAUGACACACGCCGACUACGUCACCGGCACGCACCCCAAGGUCUUCGGCUCGUGGAACCUGCACGCCCAGCUCCCCUCGGGCAUGGACUUCUUCAUCCUCUUCUCGUCCGUCGGCGGCAUCCUGGGCGCCACCAGCCAAGCGAACUACUGCUCUGGCAACACGUACAAAGACGCACUCGCCCGCCACCGGACCCGUCUCGGCGAAAAGGCCGUCUCCAUCGACCUCGGCAUGAUGCUGUCCGAAGGCGUGGUCGCCGAGACCGACGGCAUGCUGGACUCGCUGCGCCGCCUGGGCUACUUCAUGGAAGUCAGCCAGACGGACCUGCUCGCGCUGCUGGACUACUACUGCGACAGGGCCCGCGCGGUGCUGGCGCCCUCGGAGGCGCAGAUCGUCGUGGGCAUCGAGAACCCGGCGGCGAUGGAGAGAAAGGGCCUCGAGGUGCCGCAUUGGAUGCAGAGGCCGUUUUUCAGCCAUUUCCAGCUCAUUCGCAAUGCGGGCGGUGGGGGCGCGGUGAAGAGUAGCCAGCCGGAUUCGCAGAGCGUGUUGCAGCAGAGUGCUUCGACUGAGGAAGCCGCGGCCCAUGUGGCCGAGUGGUUGGCGAAGAAGCUCUCGCAGAUCCUGGGCAUUCCGGUGGCGGAGAUCAGUCCGAAUAAGCCGAUCCAUGUGAAUGGGAUCAAUUCGUUGGUGGCGGUCGAGUUGAGGAAUUGGUUUGAGAAAAGGAUCGGGGCGGAUAUCGCGGUGUUUGAGAUUCUGGGGAGUAUGGCCAUUACGCAGUUGAGUGUGUAUGCGGCGGAGAAGAGUCGGUUUAGGGUGUCUGAAGAGUGAUGAUUUAUGAUAUAGUCCAUAGUGCAUAGUCCAUAUCCAG